GUCGCUCUCCAGUGGCUGGCUUGGCCAGGACGCGGUUUCUAAACUCGGGACCUGUGGAAUCAACUGGCAUUUGUUGAAAUUCAGAUUCCUGGCCCCUACUUUUUCCGGAGAGCCUGAUUUAAUAAGAGAGAGCUGUUGGAAGCAGCAGAGCUCCCACCCUGCACAGGGCCAUGGCUGAGCCUGGAGAGCAACUGCCAGAGGAGGUGCUGGCACUCAUCUUUCGCCACCUGCCCCUGCGGGACCGUGCCACCGCUGCCAGGGUCUGCAGAGCCUGGGCUGCUGCUGCUACCUGCAGUGUCGUGUGGCAUGACACGACCAUCAGUUGCGACUGUGAGCGAGAAGGCACGCUGCUACCAUACCUGUCUGCCUGCCUGGACCACGUUCACAACCUACAGCUGGAAUUUGAGCCGUCGAGGGAGCCGAGCCGCCGUGCGGCCACUGAGCUGCUGACCGCCCUGGCGGGCCGCAGCCCGGGACUUCAAAGCCUGCGCCUGGAGUGUCGUGGGGAAAAGCCGCUCUUCGACGCGGGCCACGACAUCCUGGACGCGGUGCACGCCAUCUGCCGGGCCGCCAGUGCGCUGCGCCACCUGGACCUUCGGCGCUUGCCUUUCACCCUGGACGACGCGCUGGUGCUGCAGGCGGCACGCGGCUGCCCCGAGCUCCGCAGCCUUUUUCUGGACAACCGUACGCUGGUGGGCAGCGUGAGGCCCGACUCCGUGCUCGAGCUACUACAGGCCUGCCCGCGCCUGCGCGCCCUCGGCCUGCACCUCGCCAGCCUGUCGGGCUCUGCCCUGCAGCUGCUGGCGGCGCGGGACCGCGAGCCUUUCGCUCUCCUGGCCCUACGGUGCGCGUGCCCGGAGGACGCACGCGCGCCACCCUUGCCCGAGGAAGCCUGGGUUGCGGUGCGCCGCCGCCACCCGGGACUGGCGGUGGAGCUGGAGCUAGAGCCGGCCCUGCCUGCCGAGAGCGUGACGCGCGUCCUGCAGCCCGCCGUUCCCGUGGCUGCGCUGCGCCUCAGCCUUUCUGGGGAUACGGUAGGCCCGGUGUGCUUCGCAGCGCGCCACUACGCCACGAGCUUGCGCGCGCUCGAGGUGCGCGCCGCUGCCUCGGCGGAGCUGGACGCCGCGCUGGAGCGGCUGGCGGCGCGGUGCGCGGGCCUGCGCGAGAUACACUGCUUCUGCGUCGUCCGACCCUCGGUGCUGCGAGCCUUCCGCGAGCACUGUCCGCGCCUGCGCAGCUACACGCUCAAACUGACGCGGGAGCCGCAUCCCUGGAUGCCCACGACUGUGGCAUGAGCGUAGCCGCGUCCCCAGCAGACGUGUGGCCACCGGAACGCUGGAUGCAUUUGCCCAGGCGUGCGCCAAGUGACGGCCCGCUCCUUCAGGGCUCUUGCCUCUUGUGCCUCUGGAAGAUCAGGGCAGGUGGGCUAGCGCCGGGACCAGCCCCGGGCGGCCUGAGUCCACAGGGUGGAUCUCCCUAAUGGGAUCAUCUCCCGCCAGCCCCGCUCCUCUGCGGACACUGCCAGCUCCGCGGCCCUGUC